AAGAUGUAACAACUUCCUAGAAUAAUGAAAGCAUUUGGGCUACACUAUAGUACAUGAAGCAGAGAACCAAAGCUGCUCUGCCAGUUCUCUUCCAUAUGAUGAGAACAGAGAAACUGCUUCCGCAUAUCAGACAAAAGGCCUGCCAAAGCAAAGGGUCUGCAGAGGCAGCUAUUCUGUCUCAAACAGGGCCAGCCCUAAGCAGGAGCACAGGGUAUAACAAAAAUAGGAUGAGUAUGUACUGUACUACAGAAUAAUUUCUCUUUCUGGUGCUUAAUCCUUAAGUCUUACCUCUCUCUUUUCCCAGGGCUGCCUGAUAUCAGUGUAGAGCAAGUGAGGUCCUUCUGUUGAAGAUAAGUGCUCAACAUUGAGUCAAACCAGUGUCAAAGGUAGUGCUGCCAAAGAGGUCAGGAAGUAUUUUUGUGUCCUGAAACUGAAACAAGGAAGAAUCUACAUGGCUGUUCUUCCAAACUGAGAACAGUCUAGUUGGAGGACUUGGAGGAAUUUUGGAGAUACAAGGCCAAAUCCCAGUACAUAUAUGAGAAAAGAAGCACAGUGGUGGAGGAGAAAGAGGCAUUUUCCCAGUUCAGCAAUCUAGGGUGAUACGAGUGGAGGAACAUCACCUUGCAGUGUAACCUGGUCUGAUCUGGAAGGACAGGAAAUCCACAGAGAGGAUCACUGCUGCUUUGUAUUGCAGUUCUGCAACUGGCAAUAAUCGCAGUGCCUUCUCUUCUGGCAGCAAGAGACUUGACAGCAUAGGUGUUAAAUGUGUUAGGUGCUGGUGCCUUGUUUUAAUGACUACUGUUAGCACAAGAGUUUGGUGCCCAAAAGUAACAUGGGCACUUACUUGCUUUUGGAAGCUCUUGAGCUUUUUCUCUCCCUCAAGUCUGAUGUUAAUGUGUCGUAUAUUCAUGACAUACAUUACUGCGAGACUUCUGAAAGAUUGUUUAAAAAUGGGAAUGGGUUAGCGCAGAGGCAGCUCCUCUUAGAGAUACACUAUCGUGCACAUCAAAAGAGCACAGAUGAGAAUAUACGAGAGACUGUAAAAGCCCUCAGCUGGGAGGAGUUAGAUAAUAAUCUGCCUACGUUAAACCUUUUCCAGAAUGCAUGAGUCUGAGAGAUAAAGGGAGCUAUAAAGGGUGAAGCAGCGAGCAGGGCACCAGACCAACUGCCCGCAGUACCUGAAAGGUCGUAGCCCAGGCUUGAAGAGGUGCUUUUAGAAGGAAUCGGUAUGGACCCUGAAGAGUACAGACGGAGAGGGAAAGAGAUGGUGGAUUACAUUUGCCAGUACCUGAGCAAUGUGAGAGAGAGACGGGUGACUCCUGAUGUGCAGCCAGGUUACAUGAGAGCCCAUUUGCCGGAUUCUGCCCCAAUGGACCCAGACAGCUGGGACAACAUCUUUGGAGAUAUAGAGAAGGUUAUUAUGCCCGGGGUAGUCCAUUGGCAAAGUCCACACAUGCAUGCCUACUUUCCAGCUCUUACUUCCUGGCCUUCGCUCCUUGGAGAUAUGUUAGCUGAUGCAAUUAACUGCUUGGGAUUCACAUGGGCCUCCAGUCCAGCCUGUACAGAACUGGAAAUGAAUGUGAUGGAUUGGUUGGCUAAAAUGUUGGGCCUUCCGGAUAAGUUCCUGCACCACCAUCCUGACAGUGUGGGUGGAGGAGUGUUACAGAGCACUGUGAGUGAAUCAACCUUGGUUGCACUGCUAGCAGCAAGGAAAAACAGAAUUCUGGAGAUGAAGGUUUCUGAGCCAGACACUGAUGAGUCCUCACUCAAUUCUCGCCUCAUCGCUUAUGCGUCUGAUCAAGCACAUUCUUCUGUAGAAAAGGCUGGCUUGAUUUCUCUUGUGAAGAUGAAAUUUCUACCUGUGGAUGAGAACUUUUCCCUCAGAGGUGAAACUUUGAAGAAAGCCAUUGCAGAAGACAGAAAGAAGGGCCUGGUGCCAGUCUUUGUUUGCGCAACGCUGGGUACAACUGGUGUCUGUGCUUUUGACAAUCUCUCAGAACUGGGUCCAAUUUGUGAUGCUGAGGGACUCUGGCUUCAUAUUGAUGCUGCGUAUGCAGGAACAGCAUUUGUAUGUCCUGAAUUCCGAUUGUUCUUGAAUGGAAUCGAAUAUGCAGAUUCCUUUACUUUCAACCCGUCUAAAUGGAUGAUGGUUCAUUUUGACUGCACUGGAUUUUGGGUCAAGGAUAAAUGCAAGUUACAUCAGACCUUCAGUGUUAACCCUCUCUACCUCAGACAUCCGAACUCAGGAGCUGCUGUUGAUUUCAUGCACUGGCAAAUUCCACUGAGUCGUCGAUUUCGUUCUUUGAAGCUGUGGUUUGUGAUUCGUUCAUUUGGAGUGAAAAAGCUUCAAGAUCAUGUCCGACAUGGUACUGAAACAGCCAAGUUCUUUGAAUCCUUGGUUAAAAGUGAUCCACUCUUUGAAAUUCCUGCCAAAAGACAUCUUGGACUGGUUGUAUUUCGAAUAAAGGGUCCCAAUUGGCUCACAGAAAAACUCCUGAAAGAACUAAGCAAUUCUGGCAGGGUCUUCCUUAUUCCAGCAACCAUUCGUGACAAGUUCAUCAUUCGGUUUACUGUAACAUCUCAGUUCACAACCAGGGAAGAUAUUCUGCAAGACUGGAACAUCAUUCAACACGCUGCAGCCCGGAUUGUUAGCCAGAAUUGUGGGUUGCAUUGCAUCAGUUCUGGUGAUGGGCCAGGAAUCCCUAAUACGAUAGUUGAGCCUAGUUCAGAUGCCAUUAGUAAUGCUUCUCAGCUUUCCCCAGAUGGAGGAAAAUACAAAACACCUUCCAGAAAAAUAGUAGUUCAGCCUAAGAAGCUAGCAGCAAGUCCCAGUACGUGUGCGAUUAGUCAAGGGGAUCUUCUAGAUGACUGUUUUCCAGAAGAUGCCCAGGAUGUUACCAAACAUAAGUUAACAUCUUUUUUAUUCAGUUAUUUAUCUGUUCAAGGCAAGAAAAAGACAGCACGUUCCCUUAGCUGCAACAGUGUGCCAGUGACUGGUGGUCUUGAGCCAUGUAACCCCAAAGCAGCAGCCACUGACAAGAAGGAGUCUCAUGAAAAUACCAGAAUUCUUUCCAGGCUGCCUGAAGAGGUGAUGAUGUUCAAAAAAAGUGCCUUCAAAAAACUAAUUAAGUUCUACAGUGUUCCAAGCUUUCCAGAGUGUAGCAUUCAGUGUGGCCUUCAGCUGCCUUGUUGUCCUUUGCAAGCCAUUGUUUAACAAGUGAAAGAGAUUGGUCCUUAAGAUUACUCCAGGUAGAAAGGGAACCAAAGUUUGCUUAUUCAUAUGCAAUACUACAUGUUAUUUUGUUCAAUAUGUAAGCAUCGGCAGUGACCAUUGAGAAAAUCCCUGUGCUUUUACUGGUGGAAACCUCGUGUAUCUAUAGAUUGUCAAAUAAAACUUGUAGGCAUAUAAUAAUAAAACUCUCUGGUUUGUAGACUGUGGUAAAGAAAAUGCCAGUUUCUGCCUUACCAGUCCUGGUAAUGGACACUUUCUAGCUGGCAGGCUAGAACCAUUCUAACCAAAUAUGCUGGCUUCAGUAGGGGGUAAACUAUGCAGUCCUAUAUUUACACUUUAUAUACCUUGACUUAAACCACUGAGAGGCUCUGUGUGUGCAGACAAUGCCAGCAUCAGUUCUGAACUGUGCAAAAUGAAGGGUGCAACCUCUCAAUGAGGUUUUGCUGUAUUAGGGCAAUUUUAAAACAUGCCAAGUUUAAAAACGGAGCAGCCAUGCCAUCCUCUCUGCUGAUCAGUGACAGUGCACUGGUGUGCAAGAGCAGGGGCCUUUGCUAAGCACCUGUGGCCUUUCUCAGCAUUACCUAAAGGCUGUAAAACACAAGUGCAUGAGGAAAGAGAACAGGAAUGAUCUUUCACCCUUUCUCAUAACAGAAGAAUUAAGGGGCAUUACAGAAGGGGUCUCUAUGCAGCAAACAAACAUUGCCACAACAGGCCAAUGAUUUACAUAUGUUUCAAGAGUAAUUAAAAAUGGGGGCAGAAAAAUCUGUGGAGGGCAAUUUUAUACUGUUAAAUCAAGAAGCAUGAUGAUCAUUAGGAGGUUAUCCUGGGAAAGCACUGCUGAGUGCUUGCUGCCUUUGUAGUUGUUCCCAGACACCUACAAUCACCCCAUCUUGAAGGCAGCAUACUCAGCCAGAUAGUUUCAGUCUGACCCAGUACAACUAUGCUCAAAUUAUAUAAGCAGUACAUCUGGUUAGUCAAAACAAUUUCCAUACCCUUAAACAACACCACCUGAACUCACAGUGGGGUAUACUGAGGCAUGUGUUACAAGGAGCAGUAAAAUUUAGUUUGCUAAAUUUUUUCUAGUAAGAACAAAUUUAUUUCAUUCCAUUCCAUAAUCUUGCCUUUUUUUUAAAUGCUAGGGAAAUUUAAGCCUCACUUUUUUAUUAAGUGUCUGGCCUGACAUUACUCUCUUUGCGCCCAAAGGAAAAUACAUCUUAGUUCUUAUAAACUGUUUUCAUUCUGUGUAUGUAGUAUUUGGUGCAUGAAAAAUAAGAGGACAUCUCUGCUGCAAUGGAGAAAAGUUAAUGUAAGCAUCUAAUGCAGACUUUUUUCAAUUAGUUAAUUUAGACAACUGUAAGUUUAAUGGUCUUUUAUAAUGGGUUUUGUGUUUUUGACUGAGGUAUAUAAUUCUUACUAGUGCAGUGGAUCUCCCUUUAAUAUAAAUUAUUUGUAUAAAGAUGUGACAUUGUACCCACUUUCACAUAUUUAGGUGCACAGUAUUAACAUUCACAGCAUUAACAAUACUUCUAUACACAGAGGAAGGUAGACAAGAUUCAAAGCAUGAACGAGGGAAGAAGCCAGGCUAAGAUACAAAUAGCAUUGGUGAAGUUCUGUUUUAUUAAAACAAUCUCACAUUCACACUUUAUUUCAGACACUGAUAGUUGCUAAUAUUAAUGAACUAAAAUAUUUCCUGGCAAAGUUACAAUAACAGAUACUUUAAAAACUGAGUAUUAUA